AAGGUUAAAAUCAGGAGGGGCAUGUAUGCAUUGCGAUCCCUGCAAAAUUCUGUAACCAAAAGCAGAAUUGCGAAAUACAUCAACCCUAAAGAAUAUGCUUAUGUAGGUAUCUCCUCUCUAACACAACCCAUUAGGAAUAGUAGAAUGCAAGCGACCUUUACACUAAAAACAAUGCCAGUCACUUGCAUUUCUGAUUAGGAACCGAUUCCAAUUUUUCUUUUUUUGUCAAGAAGAGACAGCAAGGGAAAGUGAAGAACAGUAGAUUUUACCCGUCGAUUUAGCAAAAUUAUAGAUCAUCGAACAUAGAUAACGAGGUUUGAAGUUGAACCAAUGGAUUGUACAGCUGCAAGAAGGACACAAAAGGCUGACCGAGAAAAGCUGAGGAGGGAUCGACUCAAUGAACAAUUUAUAGCGCUGGUCAACAUUUUAGAUCCUGAUAGGCCCAAAAAUGACAAAGCAACCGUUAUAGAUGAUACCAUUCAAUUGCUACAGGACCUUACUUCUCAAGUUAGUAAACUUAAAGAUGAAUAUGCUGCACUACAUGAAGAAUCUUGUGAGUUGGCUCGCGAGAAAAAUGAUCUUAGAGAAGAAAAGGCUUCUCUUAAAUCAGAUAUUGAGAAGUUGAAUUGUCAGUAUCAGCAACAGCUCAGGACUGUGUCUCCAUGGACUGCAAUGGAUCAUUCAGUAAUGGUAGUUCCACCAUCAUAUCCAUAUCCAGUGCCAAUGCCAAUACCUCCUUCUCCAAUUGCUAUGCAGCCAUACCCCUUCUAUGCUAAUCAACAUUCUGCUAUUAUCCCUAACCCUUGUUCAACAUAUGUUCCUUAUUUAGUCCCUAAUACCCUUGUUGAACAGCAAUCCAUCCAGCACAUAGCCCCACCUCUUCAUCCAGGUUUCCAGUCCCACAUGUCGGGUAAACAAGAGUCCAGAAACAAAUGCAAGGAGAGCAUGGUUGAGAAACGUGAGGAUUCAAAUGAUGUCACUGCAAACCGGACUUCCGGGUUUUCUGCAGACCAGGAUUUGUCAUCUGGGCAAAUAAAAUCUAGCGAAUUGUCAAGGAAGCAAAGCAGUUGCACUGAAGUGAUUUCGUUAGAUAGGUGCUCAUCACCUAGGAGCAUUCAGGAGAGUUCAUCAAGUAGUGUAGUUCACGAGCACAAAGGAUAAUGAAUGAGAAAGGGAACAAUGUCAGUCAAGUGCUUAUCUCUUUUGAAUUGAAGUCAUUAUGGAGUUUCUCCAGUGUUUAGCUACUACUACUAUCUGGAGGUACAAGUCCCUUUUUUUUUUCCUUAAAAAAAUCACCUGUGAUAUCUCUCCCAUAUAAAUAAGCUUUUCCUUUCGUGUAAAAGCUUGACAAAUCUGGUUUAUACACCCAUUUCUUGUAAAAAAGUAAAAUUGCAGCGGAAAAACCUCCCAACUUGAUUGAUGUGGCUAAUGUGUAGGGUAUGCAAAUCACUUCACCUAUUGACCUAUGACCGGAAAUUGUAUUUAUAUUACGAGAAAUGCUCGUUAUACACUCUUUCUAAUAUACUCUAUUGUUGAAUGAAAUUUGUUAAAAAAGCUUAAAAUUGUGUUAAUACUUAUGCAAUGAACCUCUUAUAAUAUUGUAAUUUGUAAAUUAACCUGGAUCAAUAAGAAAGGUGUUUUGGAUUGGAACUUGGAAGCAGUAUGUUGUUCACAAAAACUAUUAGUCGGUUAUAAACUACAUAAGGAUGUUUGGACAAGUUUCUUUAUAAGUCAUUUUAGAAGAGGAAAUAAGAAAAAAGGAAAUGAACUUCUCAAUAAGCUAAAAUCAACUUAUAUAAGAAAUCAAAAUAAAAAAAAUAGAGAAUUUAUAUGAGAGGACUUCUAUAAGUUCGAUUAUGGAAAAAACCAAUUUUAGUUUUUCCUUUGAUUUUCUCUCUUAGAAGGAGCUCAUGGAAAAGUCUGUCCAAAAAUGCCUUUGAUUCUUGUUAAUUUUCACAUGACAUUUAAUGAGAUAUUAUUAAUUUUUCUCUAUUAAAUUUUAAAAAUAAAUACAUGUCAUGUACAACUCAGUGCAACUAUAAAUAAGUGAUCAUUCUGACUAAUUAAUAAUGCAAGCUUGUUGAGAUGUGGAAAAAUUAUAAAAAUGGUGAGAUAAUAUUGUUGAUAUGAUGAGAGAGAUAACAAUUCAAAGUAAUACAAUAAAAAUAUUGUAGAAACACUAUUUAAAUAGUAUAACACCAUAAACUAGACCGUGGGUGGUGGUGCUAUGCAUUAGUUAGACCACGUGGCAGUAAGAGAGUGGCCCCCAUCCCCACCCCGAAGAUAUCGAGGUGUUUAAGGGAAAUAAAUAAAUUUAGUCGAAUAGCUGUUGAGUGACCCGUGGUUAAGUAAUACCAUGAUGCAUAAAGAAAGAAAAGCAACAUUGUGAGGGGAGAGCAGCUGAUGAGCUAACUUACUAUCUUUCAGAGUUGUCAUUGGAUUCUUGACUGAAUCUUGAAAUGGUUAUAAACAAUAGAACUAAUGCCAGCACGCAGAAACACACUUUCUGCAAGUUUUCUCUUUUUGAUCAUUGAGUCAAAUUCAAGUGUUUGCACAGUAUUAAAAUCUAUUUGAUGGGUUGUGGUUUUUUGUACAAGACUAGAAGUAAAUGCUAUUAUUGGCCUUUCUUAGGUAAAUAGAAAAUUUAUCGAGCAGUCUGGCUGAAAAUGAGAAGAUUAGCCUGAUCAAAUGCAGAGAAUAAUAAAAGUGUACCCACUGCUAGCAGACACAAGUAUAAUAUAUAGUGUUGCUUCUGAUAUAUGAAAUUCGAAUUUGGUCUUUCGGUCUUUUGAAAAUAAAAGGAUGGCUGAACAAAUUUAAAAACUUAUUACUAGAGAAUACAUCAUCGUUGCCAAUAUAAGAACAAUAUUGCGCUUCCAGAAUGUUAUUAUAUUCUGUUCCAUCAAUCUAGUUCAAUGUACGAUUUUUGUACUGUGAUGCUAAUGUAAAUAUUUUCUGAAUACCAUCUGUUAUAAAACAUUAUCCAAAUGAUUACGAUAAGAAUAUUAGUUAUUUGAUUAUUAUAAAGCGUAUUUUUCACUUCAUUUUGUUUGUGUUACGAUAAGAACUAAAAUAAAAUUAAUAGCAUGAUUGUUAAAAAAAACUUAAUUUAUAAGCACUGCUACUACACAGAAAGAAACAGUGGUUGAGCAGAAGUUGCACUCAAAGAAUAUAUACCAAAGCCAGUCUGAUAUCAGAAGCUAAAUAUGCUUAUAUAAAUCCUAGAAGACCACCUAGUGUGCUUAUGAUAUAGUUUAGUUAUUCUCUGCAAAUUGCAUUGAUUGAGAAUAAAAGAGAGAAGAAUGGGAUGGUUCUACCCUAAGAAAAGUGCAGAAUGGAAGGAACGCUCAUUGACAGAGCAGACCAUGGAGAUUGCUUCUCUUUCUCUAAAUCUUCAUUUAUUUGUGAUAUUUGGCAUUGUCCUUGGCUUGUUGUGGCUCUCCCAUUACACCACCUACAAAGCUCAGCAGAAUCACAUAGCCCUUUACGUUCAGUUAUUCUUGUCUCUUUCGCCAAUCCUAUUGAUACUCUUCUUGCUCUCAUAUUCCACCUGUGGAAGGCUAAACUUUUGCUUCAUGCCUUCGAUGCACAAGUCACUCCAACGAGCUGCGGUGUCUCCCUGGAAUCUUGCAGCUACUACCGCCACUGUUAUCACUUUGUUACUGAUCUUUAUUUUAUUCUAAGUCGAUUUUAGGAUCUCUCAGAGAAGGAGACAGAAAUUUCAUAUGGUAUUACCGCACAACACAAGUAUAAGGAAGCUUUUGUCACAAAUUUUAUGUUCUUUGUUCGUUUCAAGUCAUAUACACACAUAUGCUGUUAACAUCACUGAAUUAUUUGCUGAUAUUCUGUAUGUAAAUUAAUUUGAAGUCCUCUCACUUGUGAAAAAAGUGGAAUUUAAUCUCCAUGCAGCAA